UAUAGAUGUGUCUGUGCAAUAUCGCACUGUGUGUGUGGUUAGAUGUGUCUGCAAUAUGUAUGUGUGUCUGGAAGUGUCUGUGCAAGAGCACAAAGAUGAACGUUUUCUUUCCAUCAGCUGAACGUAUAAACAGCCCAAGUGCUGCUGAAUGAUUGCUGUCACGUCCCUGGCCCCUUCAUUAGCAACAGGCAUAGUGAUGUAGAGCAGCCUGGCACCAGCAGGUGAUUGGGGAUGUCGAUAAGUUCCACUGUUGCUGCUGCUGCUAGUGAUGUGCAUGUGCCUUUCCAAGUCAUUUCUUCCCUUCUUCAUUCACCCUCCUCUGCUGCCUCCACCUCCUCAGUUGCUUCUUGAUCUUCUCUCCACUCAGCUCAGAGCUGCCAAUGCGCCAGGAUAGAGACAUCUCGGUGCCGGGGAUGACGCAGAAGAGCGAGCUCCCCCCAAAAAGUGUUCCAGGACGAAGAUGGCGGCAACUUAGCUCAGGACCAAGAUGACUGUGGCCAUCAGGAGGCAAAACCCAGGGUAUUCCGCCCAGUUUGCGAGAGAAAAGACGCCAGGCUGAAGUGUGUCGCCAGUGCGAUCUGUUGAAAUCGUCGAGCGGCUUGUCAGCCAGAGCAAGGGGGAGGCUGAUGAAAGUGCUUUGCGGGAAAGGAGCGGUUUCAGCAGGAGGAAGGGAAGAGACGUGCAGUCAGUGGGAGCGCUAUGGAUAACCGUGAUGUGACGAUGCCCUCUGCUGCUGCCGCUGCUGCUACUGCCGCCUUCAACUCUUCCUGCGCCCCAUUACUUGGAUGGAUGUAGCUCGGAUGAGCAUCGGCAGCACUGCGAGAAGUCCCAUCCUGCCUGUGCCAAGCGCAAAGGAAAGCCAAGGUAACCAGGGAGAAGCCAACCUAGCCUCAAGUCAAUGAAUAUUGUGGUGACCCUGACAAAGGAGCCCUCACGGUGGAGUCAGCAGCGCCUUCCCAAAAUAUGACCAGGGGUGCCUGGAUGUGUCGGCAGUAUGAUGACAGCUUAAAAAUCUGCUUUGCACCCCGGGAGAACGAAAAACCUUUCACUGAUUCAGAGAGGGCUCAGAAAUGGCGACUGUCUUUAGCGUCUCUCUUGUUUUUCACAGUCCUGCUUUCUGAUCAUUUGUGGUUCUGUGCUGAGGCCACACUGACAAGGACCAGAGACAAAGAGCAGGGCACCCUAGUGUCACCCACUAUGGCUCAUCCAUUCCCAGCAGUGGAAGGACAUUCACUUUCACCUACCCCUCAAUCAUCUCAAAAGAGCCUCAGAAAAGGCCAAAAAGCUAUUUUUCUAGGAAAUUCUACCAAACCUUUGUGGCCACUAGAAGCGUCUCACCCCCAUAGUCCAUUUGGUCAAUGUUUUAGCGUCGACGAUGCAGAAUCUGUCUGUAGGAACUUGAGUCAGGGGGCAAGGAAUAAGCCCACUCGCUUCAACCUGAGUCAUUUUUACCUGCCCUUUUGUAAUUCCUAUACACUUUCGGAUUUGUUUUUUGGAUUCUCCAAUCCGGACACGUUGAACUGCACUGGGGAUGCGGUGGAGAAGGGGGAUGUAGCUGGGUGCACCAAAUGCGUCCGGACUUACCAAACGCACGACCAGCACGCUCAGGAGAAAUAUGAGGAGUUUGAGCUUUUGCUACAGAAAUAUUUGCAAUCGGAGGAGUAUUCUGUCAGAUCCUGCUCUGAGGAAUGCAAGGCUGUCUAUAAGUCCUGGCUAUGUUCUCAGUAUUUUGAAGUCACCCAGUCAGAAUGCAGUAGCAAAAUCCCAUGCAAGCAAUACUGUUUGGAGGUACAAACAAGGUGUCCCUUUAUCUUACCAGAUAAUGAUGAUGUUGUCUAUGGAGGCCUAUCAAGUUUCAUAUGUACAGGGCUGUAUGAAAACUAUCCAACCAAUGCAGAACCAGAAUGCUGUGAUGUCAGAUGGGAAUUAUUAGCAGACGACCAAUCCAAAGGGACUAAAAAACCAUAUGACUCUACGUUGCAUCACAGGACACCCACAGCUUCAUCAGCAUCCAGACUGUGUAACAGUAAACUUAAACUGUGUGUUCUUGUACUGAUUCUCUUACAUACAGUACUAACAGUCUCAGCAGCACAAAACUCAACAGCACCGGGUUUUGCAAGCAUAAUACUGGAAGACAAUUCAACAAAUGAGGAAUAGUAAAAAAAAAGGAUUACUUAAAAAUCAUAUAUAUACUCAGCUGUCCCAUUCCAGAAUGGUACCACAGGCAAUGGUGAAAGAAGCGAGGUGUUUGUACCUGAUAACCAAUUUUCUAAUGGCUUCCUGUAUACAGCUGAAAUAUUUGGGCCUGAUUACAAAUUUCAAGGACACAAAGGGACAGCUUUUUAUUGGCUAAAAGGCUGUAUGAUGACUUUAAAUUUCUCACUCCAUUUUAUACACUGUGUUUUAACGUCUGGGUUUCUUUUUUUUGUUUGUUUGAUUUUGCUCUUGUUAAUACAGGAAUUGUUUUUGUGGGAAAGGUUUCUGAAAGCUAAACCAUUUCACUGUCUAUAUAUUUCUAGCCAUUUUAUGUAUUCACUUGAUAACAUUGUCUUUUUUUGUCUUGUUAGUUUCUACUCUUGGGAAAUGAAUGCUGUGAAUACAUCCAUAGCAAACAAAACUGAAAGUUACUGUCCAUUUUUUUUCAUCAAACCAUUCUUUUACUCAUCUUCCCAAAGCAUAAAUAAAACAAACAUCUGCUUGGUUCUGUCUGUGUAAUCACAAUGAAUGGGUGCACAGUAUUGUGGUGUGCCUCUGCCACAGUUGCACAAAUCAGCUGACUAAGUAAAACCAAUAGCAGGGAGGGGGGCUAAUUGUCGUUGAAGUACAAUCCCUGCCAUCCUCAGCCAGCCACUACUGUUUUCUGAAUAUUGUUGGAAUUGUAAAUUGGUAACAGCUAGGUCACAUGUACCUUAUAUCCCCCCUUUAGAUUACUGUUGGGAGAGGAUCAUUAAUCAAAUACAUUGAUAAAUACAUCUCUCCUAAGAGAGUUGGACAGUUACCCAGUUUUUAAGUGAACCUAUAACAAACUGUGUUGCUCCAGUUCCCAUUUAAAAUGCCCAGUCUUGAACUGGUCAGUUGAACAGGAGCAGCCUUUAGGAUCCAGAAUGUGGAACCAGUUGAGCUUAGUGAGUAAAAUGGUUGAUGACCUUCACAUUGGAGGUAAAAGUGUUGGCAUUCAUUGUGAAUUACGUUUUAAUUUCUGCUGCAGUCACCUUUUAACCAGUGCGAUGCUUGAAAAGCAGAUUCAGAAAGAGGGUUUCGACUUUCAAAAUACUUUUUGAGUUGGUAAAAACACCAAGUUCCAUUCAUCAAAGUCUGAUAAAAGUGUGUUUUAUAGAAUUAAUUAUUUUAUAAAUGUGCAUUUCUUUCCAGUUAUGUACUUUCUUUGAUCCAGUCCAACGUCACCAAAAAAGACUGAUCGUAGUAGAGUCUCAGAAGGACAUCAAUAAUACAUGGAGUUAGACUCCUCUCAAACACUAAUUUAUGUAGUUUCUAAUUAUGUUUAUCUUCAGUAUAGGCGACAUCCAAUACCUUAAAGCACACUGUUACGGAGCUUGUUACGAAGGCAAGUUUCAUCACAGUGAGUUCAUUGGUAUUAGUAUGAAAUCCUGCCUGCUCAUCAUGAAAUACUGGUGAAAUGGUGAAUGUUUUGAUGAAUGCCAUCCAUAAUCCCGCUCACAUUCAACUGUGAAUCCUUUUUCAUCUACAAUUCAAGAAAUCAUGGGAUUCGACCACAUGAAGGUAUACGGAUUAAGAGCAUGUCAUCUUCAUGUGAAAAUGAAAAAUUGUACAAAAUAUUGGAUUUUUCAAAACACCACAAAAUAAUAAGUCAUAGUAAAUCCUCUAUAAAUUUUGUAACUAAUUCAUUAUCUUAUAUAUUUUCUUAACUGGGGACUAGCACUUUUUAACCCCAAAAGAAAGGGAUUUUGUUUUCUUUGUUAUAGUUUACAGUAAACACUAUCGAAGGAAAAGUUAUAAGGGCUGUUUAAAAAAAACAAACAAAAAAAAUAAAAACACAUUCCUUCCUGUUCUAGAAAUUGCACUUCAGAGAUAUUUGUAGCUGAAAUAUGAAGAAACUUAUAAGGGAAUGUUUUCUAAGCAAAAAUGGUGUGGCCAAUCAUUACAGCAAGGUCACCUUUUUUUAUGGUUAGUCAUUGUCAUUAGUCCUGGAAUGUCUAUACAUCCUGGUAUGUCAAAUACAGCUCCCAGCAUUCUCAGAGUCCCUUACUCUAUGAGGAUGCUUGCUAUUGCAGAUGGACAGCUGGACUACCCCAUAUUGGCAGCCCUGGUCUAGCCUCUUUGUCAUGUAAUACCAGAAAAGCAUUUAAAAGUAUUUAUACUAUGCAUUUUUCACAUGAAAAAAAGUCUUCUCCUGAAUUUUUAUCAGAAAAGACAUGUUUAAAUGUGAUUCUGGAGGUACAUAUUGAUGCAAUAGGAAGAAAAUGCACCAGUAAAAAAAAGAGAAAUACUAUUUUGUUUGCUUAUGUUCUGUUAUCCAUCGCUGAUUUCAAGACCAGUUUUAUUUAGACAUGAACAUGGUGCUUUUUCUUGGGGUGGGGGGUUUGGGCAUAUUGUGACUUUGUUUAAACUUUGCAAAAAGUUUUGUAGAACGAAAAAUAAAAAAAUAAAAAGCCUUAAAUAAUGCUAGAAUGUAGAUCUUUAGUAGAUAGUGUAUUUAAAUACAGUGGAGCAAUAACUGGGUAGUACUUUAGUACUGUAGAAAAGAGUCAGGGCAGGGCGCUGUACAAAAAGCACUUACUAGGUGAGCUCUUGUUCAACUGAUCUACUAUUUAAGUGUUUAUGGUCAGUAAACAGUUUGUUAUAACCUUUAUCUACCUCUGCUGGGCAAAGGCCAUUCAACAUUUUUUUUUUUUGUGUGACGUGUUGUGUAUAUUUUUGUGUCAUACCAAAUCCAUGCCCAUCUACCUUUUUACAUAAUGCACCUUUACAGUAGCACAGAUCUUCUAAAGCAAAUGAAGAAAGUGGUUCUUUGCAUUCUCAGAAUAAUUCAAUAAUAUUUUUGGAUACUCUUGAGCUGCUUUAUACCCUGACAUUGUCACUGGUAAAUAAAACUGUUUAUUUUA